AUGUUUGCCAUGGCCGCCAUUAAGCUUGGCCACGACCCCAUACCCAACCGGAAAAUCGUCCGUGUUCUUGGUGUCGAUAUCGACCGGCGGCUCACCUUCCUACCACACUUUCGGGCUGUGAAGGUGGCCUGCAAACCGCGAAUCAGCCUGAUGAAAACUCUGGCCAAUAAACAUCGUACCAACAACGGACACACCAGGCUAAACAUUGGCCGAGCCACCAUCGAUAGUCGCCUGCUGUAUGGUUUAGAGUUGACCGCUUCUGCAAGAAGGGACCUCAUCAGCGUGCUGUCCCCAGUCUUUAACAACUACGUCCGACUGGCCUCCGGUCUCCUUCCUUCCACGCCAGCAGAAGCAGCUUGUGUCGAAGCCGGGAUCUUUCCUUUCCGGCAGAGAGUCCUCACUGCCAUCUGCCGCAAGGCAGCUUCCUAUGUUGCGGUCACAUCAGGUGAUUACGGGAUCCCUCUCUUCGACGAGGCUGACCGGAUCCUCAGAAGCGUGGCCGGCACAGGUCUCCCCCCAGUGGCGCAGGUCCAAUGGCACGGAUCAAGAAGCUGGUCGAUGCCUCCCUUUAAAAUUGAAAGCACCAUCGCCGCGUGCUUCCGAAGAGGCGACAACUCCGAGGAUCUAAGAAGGUCGAUCAUCGAGCUGGUGGCCACUCGUUUUCGGAACCAUACCAUACGGUACACCGAUGGAUCCGUGUCUAACAAAGGGGUAGGUUUCAGUGUCUCCGGUACCAACCUAGCCAGGUCCGAGUGCCUACCGCCUCAAUGCAGCGUCCUUUCCGCCGAAGCUGUAGCCAUAUUCGUCGCUACCACCCAUCCAGCAAACAGGCCAAUCGCAAUCCUUACGGACUUAGCCAGCGUGGUGGCUGCCCUCCAAAGCCACACCCCAAAGCACCCGUGGAUUCAAGGGAUCCUUACUGGUAUGGCACCUGACACCAUUUUCGCCUGGAUUCCCGGCCAUUGUGGCAUCAGAGGGAACGUAGAUGCCGAUGCCCUAGCAAGCGUUGGGCACGAAGGUCUUCCCUACACCCGCUCCGUCCCGCUGGCCGACGUUAAAAAGUGGACAAAAAGUGUCGUCGGCCAGGACUGGGCACGGACGUGGAAUAGCAACCACAUGCCUUCUUUGAGGAAGAUUAAAGGCUCUACUGGCCCAUGGAGGGAACUUACUUCCCAGAAAGAGCAGGUGAUCAUGUCGAGGUUACGGACCGGACAUUCAAGGGUCUCCCACAAUUUUGGUGGUGGCCCUUUCCGACCUCAAUGUGACCUUUGCGGAGUCAGGAACAGCGUGGAUCAUUUCAUUUGUCGAUGCCCUAAAUUCGAAUUUCCCAGGGAACUUUAUGGGAUUCCAGGCAGCAUCAGGGAAGCUCUGGGCGAAGAUGAAGCCAGAACGGCAGCUCUCUUCUGCUUCUUGAAGGAUGCUGGGCUUUAUCAUCAAUUAUAG